UGUGGCAGUGUUGUUUUCUAAAACCUGCAAUAAACACAAAAUUAUAAUGGACUUUUGGACGACACGCGAGAAAGAUUCAGCUGGUAAUAUUCUAGUGCAGGAAUAUGAGAGUCUUUCACUAUCUCCAAACCAAAAUCACCUGGAUGCAAGUCUGUAUAAUCCACCUGUUUAUCGGGAAGUGUCAGUGGAGGAUUCAGUAGCUGAUGAUGAAAUCCAGUCGCCUGGUAUCGAAAUAGGCGAAACAGAAAGAACUAUUCCAUAUAACAUCAAGGCUUUGAACAAGCACGAGACCACUUACAAAUUAGAAACGUUCGAGAAGAAUUAUCUCAUGGUGUUCAAUCAAGAAAACAUAGAAGGGUAUAAACCAAGGCUUGGCACCGAAAAGGACGUGGAGGUUCUGGAAAAUACAUUUAGCAAAUACGGAUUUGAAGUUCAAGUGCACAAAGAUUUCAAUAAAGCUGAAAUAUUAGAGGCAUUAAGAAUAUUUAAAGAGAAAGAUUUCACGGACUACGGCUGCGUAGCGGUUGCGGUGCUAACCCAUGGCACCUACGACGGCAUGCUUCGGGCCAAAGACCAACAGUUCAGCGAAUCAGAAAUAAUAAACCAUUUUAAAACCCACGACAAACCUACACUCAUAACGAAACCAAAAUUAUUGAUUAUACAGGCUUGCCGAGGUAGUAUGCCAAUACGUGGAGUGUUCGCAAAACAAAUAGGAAAGAUUCACAAAGACGUGGAUGAAGACUUGGGCCCAUAUACACUGCCAAUAGAGUCAGAUAUAUUGGUUUUUCACAGCUCUUACAUGGGGAAUCCUUCUCAUCGAGAUGAAGUACACGGUUCUUGGUUUAUCCAGGCUCUUUGUCGGGAAAUCGACCGGCUUUCACCAGCGGUCGACUUCGAAUCAAUCACGACUGAAGUUAAACGUGCCGUAGCUAUCGACAUGGAGCACGAAGAAUACAAUAGGAUAACCGGAGAUAUAGAUAUAAACAAACAAAUGCCAGUCAUGUCUUCCUCUUUGAUAAGGAAACUGUAUCUCAAGAAGUACAUAGAAAAUGGCCCCAGCUUGACGCUUUGCGAUGGCGAAGUAUCUACCAAUAAGAACGAAGUAACGGACGGUGCAGCACCAGAAACGCCGUUAUUGACUCAGUUUGGCCCGUGUUUGUGUUUUCUAGAUCAUUUUGAUUAUUUAAGACAAUGUUUAAGGCAUUUUGUAGAAGAUAACCCAGAUGACGUUAUAGCAGGAUCGUACCUCGAUUUAAGUGAAACAUUUGAAGCCGGUGCGGAAUUCAAUACGUCGAAAGAAACAAUGGUUAGACACAUAACACAAUAUCUCGAGAAGAAAGUUUCCGAUGACUUCAAUUUAAAAUAUUUAUAUUUGUACAAA